AGCCCCGAACAGGACCUAGACUAGGAUAGCUUUUUUUGUUCCCUCCCUCCCUCUCUUUUUCUCUUUUCCCUCCUCUAUUUUUCGGUCUCUCAUUUAAGAGAGUGAUACGAACCCCACACUUUGACAAAUAACAACCACUACUACAAACAACCAUGGCAUCUGCAAGCAGCUCCGCACAGGCCGCCUUCGGGCUGGGCCGGAGGAAGAAGAGCCCCGGCCUCCUGGAUCAGAUUGGAAACUUCUUCGGAGGGGACAAGAAGAGGAAGACCAAGGGAUCUUUCCGUGGUGCUCUCUCUCCAGGCCCUCAGAAAUCUGCGACUUCCCCACGUAAGCGUGGAGCAGAGAACGCAGUGGUCCACUUCUUCCGCACGAUCGUGUCACCUGCCCCUCCCAAGUCUAGGUGGACAGGACUAGCUGCCAAGAUGGGCCUGGGCGACCAGAAGUCACAGUCUGCUAAAGCCAAGAAGGCCAGUGCAGGGGACGGCAAAGGCACCCUGACUAGGAUCUUCAAAAUGUGAUGAUAUCAGCCGCAGAGGAAGCAGGAGUGCUUCUCCCAGCAAACGCUGAGGUCCCCCUCUACAACCCCUUCCAACAGCACGAGGGCAGACGUUCAAGAUCGCGGGACUAAAGUGGGGAAAAGAGGAAGAAAAGGAGGAACUCUUGUCACCCCGUAAUCUCAUCUUCCCCUCCACCUCUGAUAACACUCUAACGUACGCUAAACCCCUCAUCUCAUCCUAUUACCCCCCCCACCCCUUUGGCUGGUAGAUAGCGACACAAUCUGUUGCCCCCCCCCCCCCCUGCAUGCGUUGUGCUGAGUCUGUGCAGUCAUCAUCUUUAGCGUGAACUUUUUGCUGAUCCCGAAGCCGCUCACAUGUGCAGCCCGAAUGAACCCCCGCCCCGCAAUGGCUCUCUGUACUCGUGCUUGAGUUUUAAUGGACGUCUUCGAUGAUUCCUCUAACAAAAAAGUUGGCUAAACUGAAGCACAUCCGGAGCAGUUGAAGGUUUACGGCUGUUGCAAGUCCGACUGACUUGACCGUCAUUGCCGCUUGCUGAUUAGGCGAAAAGGCCGGGUUGUUCUUCUUUUUAAAAAAGAGCGGUUUUCUGUCUCGUCACACUGUCUUUGUCUUUCCCUCAAACCUUUUCUGUCAACCCAAACUGUGUUUAACAGGUUUUACAUUCUCAUGGAGAGCCAUUUUGUCACUGUGUGUUUUCAUUCAAACCUUUGUUCCUUAGCUGUAGUCAAGUGUCCUGUCUUAAAUGUGAUGUUGAUCUAUGUGUGUUCAUAGGGCCUAAGGUUGGCUGUGGUCUUUGUGGUCAAAAAUGUAAUUUCUAAACCUUCUAAAUCAUAUUCUCUGGAAUAGUCACUGAAAAACAUAAAUGAGUCACUUUUUCAGUCCAUGAGAUAAUAGUAGACUAACAAAUCAUUUUCCACCUUUAGCCAGACUCUUAAUCUGAAGCGUAAUGUUGGUGCUGUAGCAUGAUGCCAGAUUCAGACCUUUCCUCGUUGCAUUGUGUAGUCUCUCUCCUUUGUCGUCCCUGUUUCUAUCUCACACACGACACACAUACUGUAAAUUAAAUUCACAAAACCCUCGUGCCUUUCCUCCUGACUACCAAUGUAUGUGCUGUGUUGCCUUCUUGUGGUUAAUAAAAAAAAAACACAAUUUCAAAAAGGUGCUCUGUAACUAACUUAGUAGUGACACAUUACAAGGUGUUGCUUGGGAAUGUGUAAGUUGCAAGUUUUCUGAGAAAAAUAAACUCAGCACUACCACUUGUGCUGUUCAAACAUAUCCCACAUGUGUUAAAAAGCAUCUCUCCCACUGGCUGUGUGUGCUUGAGCCUCGUGAGUGCUGUGUAGUGUUGUUUCUGAAUGGAUCCUGUGGAUGAAUGUAAAGAUCCUCUUCAUUAUUGUAUGUGUAAUAAAUCAUGACCAGCCACUUAACUGAGAAUAAAACAAUAAAAACUAUAAAACCAA